AGCCUCACUGGAUACACCUGUGCCCAGGGCGGCGGAGUUUCCCGCUGCCUUGCCCGGGGUCGGCUGCAGGUGAGAAGUCUGACCGGUGAUGUUCUGACUCCACCCCGGCCAGCUCGCUCUGUAUCGCGGAUAUUAGAGGCGGACUCUCACCUCCAAGCUGAGCUUUCGAGUCCUCUUUGGAGGUGAGUCUGGUGGCUGUCUCCUUGUGCUUCUCCGGCGCUGGCUGGGUUUUGUUUCUUGUUAUGGGUGGACUGUGGCAGAAAGGGCGAGGGAAGCACGCCUGAAGAAGGGGCAAUCCCAAGAAGAGGUACUGGAGAGGGUUCAGCAGCUGUUGCGUUCCUUGAUUAUCUGAACUGGGCUAAAGCGAUUGUGACAAACACCUGUUUGCAAAUCUGGAUGUUUCCUGUAUCCGUCCAAUUAACACAUUAAAGAUAUUAUUACUGGGAACAGGUUUGAAAGAAGAUGGUGAGAUUCCACAGAUUAACCAAAGCCUUUAAGAGCAUGCAUCUUUGAUACAGAAGCAGUUGUCAAAUAUCACUCGCCAUGAGGUUGCUCCGAAGACAAUAUGGCCCAUUGAAGCUGGCUUUGUUGGGUGUUGUCUUUGUGAUCUUCCUUUUCAUCAUGCAAAGGGACGUGGGCAGUGGGGAGCACAGGGAAGAGCCCUGGCUAAAAAACAUUGUGGACAGAAAAGAUAAAAUGAUUGACAUAAUGAUGGGUGCGGUCAACAACAUCCGUGAUUCUAUGCCAAAACUGCAGAUUCGGGCUCCAGUUCAACAGGAGGCACCUGAAGAAAUCAGCAAGUCUUGCCUGCCAGGCUAUUACACGCCAGCAGAACUGAAGCCCCUUAUGGAGCGUCCACCUCAGGACCCCAAUAGCCCAGGUGCUGAUGGUAAACCUUUCAAAAAGGACCAGUGGACACCAGAAGAAACCAAGGAGAAAGAACGUGGCUAUGAGAAGCAUUGCUUCAAUGCAUAUGCCAGUGACCGGAUCUCUCUCCAGAGGGCCCUGGGACCAGACACCAGGCCUCCAGAGUGCAUCGAUCAAAAGUUCAAGCGAUGUCCACCCCUCCCUACCACCAGCGUUGUCAUUGUCUUUCAUAACGAGGCCUGGUCGACUUUGCUUCGCACGGUGUACAGUGUUCUCUACUCCUCCCCUGCCAUCUUGCUAAAGGAAAUCAUUCUUGUGGACGAUGCCAGUACAGAUGAUUACUUGAAAGACCAGUUGGACGAGUACGUCAAGCAGCUGCAAAUAGUGAGGGUCGUCCGACAGCAGGAGAGGAAGGGUUUAAUCACCGCCCGGUUGCUUGGCGCAAGCGUUGCCACGGGAGAUGUGCUCACCUUCCUUGAUGCUCACUGUGAAUGUUUCCAUGGCUGGUUAGAGCCUCUCUUAUCCCGCAUUGCAGAGGAGCCCACAGCUGUGGUCAGCCCAGACAUUACCACCAUUGACCUGAACACCUUUGAGUUUUCCAAGCCAAUUCAAUAUGGGAAGCAGCACAGUCGAGGUAACUUUGACUGGAGCCUGACCUUUGGAUGGGAGUCCAUCCCCCAGCAUGAAAAGCAGAGAAGGAAGGAUGAGACUAACCCUAUCAAGACUCCCACAUUCGCUGGUGGCCUGUUCGCCAUUUCUAAAUCCUAUUUUGAACACAUUGGCUCUUAUGACGAUCAGAUGGAAAUCUGGGGAGGGGAGAAUGUGGAGAUGUCCUUUCGGGUUUGGCAGUGUGGGGGUCAGCUGGAGAUUAUCCCCUGCUCCGUGGUUGGCCAUGUAUUUCGGUCUAAGAGUCCCCACACUUUCCCAAAAGGAACUCAAGUAAUCUCCAGGAACCAAGUGCGCCUGGCGGAAGUCUGGAUGGAUGACUACAAGGAAAUCUUCUACAGGAGGAACCAGCAGGCCUCCCAGAUGGCUAGAGAGAAAACUUAUGGAGACAUCACUGCACGGCUUGAACUGAAGGAACGAUUGCACUGCAAGAAUUUCACCUGGUUUCUGCAGACCAUUUAUCCCGAGAUCUUCAUUCCAGACCUGACUCCAGCUUUCUAUGGAGCUAUUAGAAAUGAAGGUGCCAAACGCUGCUUGGAUGUUGGUGAAAACAAUCAUGGAGGGAAGCCACUGAUCAUGUAUCCCUGCCAUGGCAUGGGAGGCAAUCAGUAUUUUGAAUACACGUCCCAGAGAGACCUCCGGCACAACAUUGGCAAGCAACUCUGCCUCAGGUCAAAAAUAGGACCCGUGGAGUUAGGUGACUGCCACUACGUAGGGAAACACUCCCAUGUACCUGAAAAUGAAGAAUGGGAACUGACUGACGCUCACCUGAUUAAAAAUGUGGCAUCUAAUAAGUGUCUGUCUGGAAGAGGCGAGCAUCCUUCCAUGGCUCCCUGCAACACUGCAGAUUCCUAUCAACUUUGGUACUUCAGCUAAAGUGGUCCAGGAAAGACCCACGCAGCCCGAGCAAAGGCCUGUCGCCGGUGAACUCACAUGGAGGCUUCCAUUUCUUCCUCUCAAGCCCUCAAGAAAAUUGGCGGUUUAAAUUCCAAGAGAAGAGAAAAGGAAAUCCAUUUGAAACAUGCUGCAUAACCACACGCCUUUUAACACGUUCUCUUGUGCCUUUUGGAAUGGGAUUGUCCGAGAAACCACAGCAAGCCUCAGGGCAUACCCAAUCUUUUUCUUUAGUUAAAGUUGGAAGCAGGUGUAUAUAUCUUUGUGUGUGUAUAUUUUUGCUCUUUAGAGUAUCAUGAAGUAACUGAGGCUCCAUAUUGUGAGAAAGACAACAUCAGUGAACUAUCCUAAGCUAGAUUUUUUAAAACCCUUUUUGAUAUGAGAAAUAAAUACUUCUUAAUUUGCAUACUGGGAGCAACGUAGAAAGUAGCACCUUGACAACCAGCUGCAGAGCCCAUCAAAGGAAUAAACUUCUCUGCAGAGUAUUGGAGGGGGGGGGGUGGAGGGAGGAGGAGAGCCUGAUGCCAAAGAUAAGGACUCGUGUCUCUGUUACAUAGGAAUUGCAUUGUUCUGAUAGAUAGUUCUGGACACCGUACAAGGGAACUGAACCUUUAAUUGCUAGGGAAGCGUUCAUGGGGAAAAGAUUCCUCCUCUGCUCGAGGGCUCCGGUAGAUCAUGGGCAUCUCUCGCUCUUGAAAGGAUCACAAGAGUUUACCUGCAUUUAACAUAGUGAACACUGGAGUGCAGUUUUGUUGCGUAGCUGAAAUCCUCAGCCCUUUGCACAGGCUGUGGCCAGUGCGUUACCUCAGGCUUUGGGGAUUCUUGCCAACACACUGUGAAUAAACUGCUAAUUGCAUUGGAAAUUCUUUUUGGAAAAAAACCCCUGCUUCCUAGGCAGCUAAUCCCUCUACCAAAGAGAAAUAGAAUUAGGCAGGAAGGUUGAUUUCCGGGCUUCACACAAAGGGUGUUCGGUCACUGGGCACCUCCUGAUGGGUCCAGUUUCGGGGGCCAACUGUGCCAUUUGCAUCCCGCCCCCUGGCUCUUUGGAUCCCUGCAGUCGUGAUUCUCAAAGCGCUUCAACCUGACCCUGUUCCCUGCCAGCUCUGUGCAGUGGGCCAGCCUAGAACAGGAUUUAUAACAGUUUGCACAGCUUGAUUUCUUUCCUGGACUGAGGAAGGUUCCUUCCUUUCCUCGGGGAUACUUCUGCAGCCUUGAUUUGUGCACUGCAAUGCAAGGAACAUGAAAAGCUGCUAAGUGCCUUUUCGUGACUAGCAGAAGGAGCCAAAUUGCUUUGGGGGAAAUGGGUGUUGUGUGAACCUUUGGCAGAUGAGAGUUACGUUGCAAAACCAGACAGGAGUGAGAGAUAAAGGCUGGGUGGGGGAGGGUGUUUUGUAUGCUUGUUUUUUCAUGAAUGCCCAUUGUGGGUGCAAUCUGGAAUAAAAUGACACUAGAUAUUGCUAGCUGGUUUUGCCCACUGGAACAAAUGAUUGUUCCCGUGUCUUUUCUUGCCUGCUGUGUUUAGAUAUGUUUUGUCCUUGGAUUUCAUGGGUGGUUCUCUAAUUCAUCGUUGUGAUGCUGUUCAUCCACAAAGUGGCAGCUUUCACCCAACUGACAGUGCCCCCAAGUGCCUCUUGUUUACUUGUAUGGCUGAUUAGCAGUCACACUGACAGCAUAAUGCGGAAUCUGAGUUGGAUCUGGAAAGGAAAUGUAUCCUGGACUUCUGAUAAAUUUGGUGUUUGGGGGGUAUGCUUUAAAAACAUUGUUUUGUGUGGGGGUCCAGAUCGCCUUCCACAAGCAAGUCCUACCACUUUUCCCUUUAUAAAAGAAUACUGCUCGUUUUAGUACCAUUCUUAGCAUCUUUGAAGCAAGAACAUUGGGAAGAAAGACUGACAGUGCAGACCCUUCCUGCGAUAUGAGGAGUAUGGGUUUUCAAUAAAAACAGCAUUAGCAUCCUGGUGUGAUUAUCUGUUCAUUUCCCAGAAAACGUCUUGUGUUAAGGUGAAACCAAAUGACCUGCCCAUGCAACCCUGAUUUGGAAAAAAAAACCAAUAAAACUUAAAACUGUAUUUUACAAAA